CUUUGCUUACUUGUUUUAUUUUGAGAUGUAUUUUCCGAUUAAAGUCUUCUCUUUGGCAAAAAGUUGGCAAAUGAAGAUAAUUUCUUCGUUUAUACCAUGGUACAACAAGGAGGUAGAACUGAAACUUCGUGUCAGACUCAUUCAAAAUUAUAUAGAACAAGUUGUUUUCAUUUUUUUCAUAUUUUUCCUCAUUAUACCCUACACCACAAGGUGGUCGGGGUAUUAUGUCUUAGUGCAUUUGUUUGUAACAGGCAAAAGGAAACGAGAUAGAUACGUAGUUUCUUUUCAUGAUCUGCAUAGAAUCACAUUCUGAGUCGAUUUAUGCAUGUCCGUCUGUCCGUCCGUCUGUCCAUUUAUUUCCUAUCCAGAUGAAAUUUUGCACAAAUCAUUUGUUUGGCCCAAGGACGAACCCUAUGAAAUUGGAGAUAAUCGGUCAAAAUUGAGAUAUAGCACCCAUAUAUAUCUUCGUCCGAUUUACCAUUUAUUGUGCACCAAACGUCUAAUAUUUGUCCAAAUGGGAUGGAAUUUGGCACAUACGACCGAACUAAGUCUAGAAGGUAGUAUGCCAAAUUUGGUGAAGAUCGGUUCAGAUAUAGUUAUAGCUCCCAUAUAUAUUGUUCAUCCGAUUUAUUGUAUUUGUUACCCACAGCCGUAAUAUGCACUCCGUAACAACGAUAUUCAGGGAAAUAUAUCAAAUACAGCUCAGAUAUUUAUUUUUGCCAAAUUUUAUCGAGAUCGGUUCAAACUUGGAUAUAGUUCCCAUAUAUAUCUUUAUCCGAUUUCAAAUUAAUUGUGUACCAAAUGGGCAAUACAAGUCCGAAUUUAAGAGAUACAAAUGCUUCUUCAUAUUUAGUCCUUUGAAUUUUAAACUAUAAUUAUAAUCCUAGCGUGUAUGAUUGAAUUCUCCCAUAAAAACUUUUAAUUGUUACGUAGAGCUCAACUAAAUUAGCAAAGUGGUGUAGGGUAUCAUAAAAUCGGCCCCGCCCGACUUUAGGACUUUCUUUACUGGUUUUAAAAUUUAAACAGAAUUUUUUAAGGAUUUCAUUUUUUGAAAAUUUCCAAAUUCAUUCCAAAUGGUGGAGUGUAUUCGAAGAUCGGCCGACCGAACUUAAUGUUCCUUUAAUCUGGGGAAAAACUACCUUUAAACGGGAUUUUAGCAAUUUAAAAUAUUCCACAAAAUUAUUUCUCUUUUAAGACUAGAGGACUCUAAGAAUCUAUGGCCGAGUGGAAAAUAAGGGCAAGACCCUCACAAUAUAUUUUUGUAAAUAGCAUUUCUACAUAACAGGAACACAAAAUGUCAACAUUUGGCAAAAUUAACACGUUAAAUCUUGAAAACGGAGUUCCUUACUAUUCCAAAAACUGAACCGAUAUGGCCCAUUUUCUGUAGCCAUGAUUCUCGAUGUACUCCAAAGAUCUCCAUCAAAUUUCAAAGCUCUAUCUUAAAUAUUGUGAAAUACAUUUAAAACUACAGGGGUCCCAUUUUUAUCCCUCCACCAUAGUGUAGAGGGUAUAUUAAGUUUGUCAUUCCGUUUGUAACACCUCGAAAUAUACAUUUCAGACCCCACAAAGUAUAUGUGUAUUCUUGAAAUCACUCUAGCUUCCGAACGAAAUGAAGUAGAUUGAUAAAAUUUUACUCAAAUGUAUAUUAUGUCUGCAGGACUUUUGGUAUUGAAUAUUGGCCUUGUACCCCCAUAUAAUGGUACCUCCCGAUAUUCGGUAUUAUGGUGAUUUAAGCGACAUUAUUCACCGGAAAUGUUUCAAAUUUGGUGUUUAAUGUUCGUAAUGGAUACUUCAGCCUAAGACAGAAAAUUGUCUGUGCAGGUUCACGUCCUCAUAUAGCCCACAUGUAACGGUACCUCCCGAUAUUCGGUAUAUAGAUGAUUUUAGAGACAUUAUUUACCGGAACUAUUUCAAAUUUAGUAUUUGAAGUUCGUAAUGGAUACUUCAGCUUAGGGCAGAAAAUUGUCUGUGCAGGUCCACGUCUUCGUAUAACCCCCAUAUAACUGUACCUCCCUAUAUUCGGUAUUUUGAUGAUUUUAGAGACAUUAUUUACCGGAACUAUUUCAGAUUCGAUAUUUGAAGUUCGCAAUGGAUACUACAGCCAAUGACAAAAAAUUGUCUGUACAGGUCCACGUCUUCAUAUAGCCAUCAUAUAACAGCUCCUCCCGAUAUUCGCUAUUUGGAUGACUUUAGCUACAUUAUUCACCGAUUGUUUUUUCUAAGUUUCGCAUUUGAAUAUUGUAAUGGCUUAUGACGAAAGUUACCUAUGCAGGUCCAUGUCGUCAUAUAGACCCUAAUAUAAUAGCGACAUUCAAUAUUUUUAAGAUUUUAACAGAAUCUUUAACGGAUUUUAUUGUUUUUGAGAAUUGCCAAAUUCGUUGCAAAUGGUGGAGGGUAUUCAAAGUUCGGCCUGGCCAAACUUACAGCUUUUUUACUUGUUUUAGCUUAACUUUCAUAAUCUACUAGAUUUCUUCCUUUAAUUAUGUAAAAGAUAAAAUAUUGUCGCACAAUGUAAAAGUACAUAUAGUGAGGACUGUACAUUGUAAUUUACUAUCAUAUAUCUAAUUUUUUUUUUCAAGAGAAAUUAACAAUUUGCUAACAACAAUUUAAAAGUCGAGCAGCUUUUUUCCUGCUUACUUUUAUCGAAUGUCGUUCAAUAACUUUAAUAAGGGAGUUAAUUCGCUCAACAGAGAUCACUGAGUAAUUUUUACGGCAAUUGUUAUUGUUCAAACCCAUUUUAAAAUACGUGAGGCAGAUUCAUUCGAUGCUUCACAUUGACCUUAACCGCAACAGUCUAACCUUGAAUAAAAGAAAAGUAGCAACAGAAUUGCAGAGAUCAAAACUACCGCAUCAGCAUAAAACCGAAGAAAAUUUGAGUAUAAAUAAGUCAUGGAAUCAUUGGUAAAGACAUCACAGUGUCUAUUCAACUCUCAACAACUUGCACUUGCAUUAUUGCUCCGCCAAUAUGAAAUUCGCUGCAACGGUUAUUUUCUUCGCUUUUGCCUACAUAAACUUGGCUCACAGCAAGAGCCUUAAAAAUUAUUACGCCAACAGUGUGACUGAAUAUAAGGGCCAGCGCAAACCCUUGGCCAGUCCCAUGGCUAACGGCAUACAUGAUAGCAGCUAUACCCGUUCAAAGCGUCAAAUUCCCCAGGCCAUACAAGAUUUGCAGGAUCUUCUGACCAACACCAAGAAAGACUGUGCCAAAGAAUUGGGUUUUGGUUCAUCCGUAAAUGACAAGACACUGCUGUACGAGGAGAAUCCCACGCCACAAGAAAAGUGUUUGAUGGCUUGCAUCCUGAGAAAAGUUAAUUUGAUGGACAAAAACAACCGGUUGUCUGUAGAUACCAUUGCCCGAAUUGCCGGCAGUGUCUCACAGAACAAUGAAUUGGUUAUUUCGGUGGCAGUGGCCACGGCCAACAACUGCAACAACUUGAUUAGCACCAAUCAUCCUUGCGAAGCUGCUGCCCAAAUCAACAAAUGCAUCGGCGGUGCCUUGAAGGCAAACAAAUUGAAAUUAUUCUAUUAAAAGUAUUAUAUUUUUAAUAUGAAAUAUCUGUAAUUUUUUCUACUUUUUUUACAUUUUCCAUAUAUAUUUGCAUCAAUUUUUAAACAAUAAUCAAUAUUUUUUAUAAUUUUUGUCGAGAAAAAUUUAAAUUAAUAUUUGAAAUAAACUAUAAUUUUUCAAUUAAA